UCUUUGGCGCAAAGCUCUCAACAUGAUGCAGCACUGUCAUUUCCAAGCGAUUGGGUGGCUUGCCUACUGUAUUCGUCUGAUGCUGCGUUGCAAAUCGCUAGUGCAAUUAGUCCGACGUUGAAUUGGUGCAAACAUCCGCUCUCAACGGCAGUGGUUUUCCGUGUGAAGAAAGCGCUGAUAGCAUGCGACUUUGGAAUCUCACGCGCUUGUCAAGCGUGGCUUCGUUUGGCACGGUCAUCGUUUGGCGCCGACGAGGAAUCCAUUGACUUUCUUGCUUUGCAACAUAAGCAGUGUGCUCUUGUGCAGUACGCAUUGCACUGUAUCACUGGUCGUCAGGCGUCAGUAGUGCCUCUACCGACAUCAUCAGGUAACUCCACCCACACACAAUUACUGCUGGAACAACUACAAAUAGCGUCGAGUCAAAUUGCGCAGCUAGCCGCCAGCGAUGAAGGCAUUACGUUACAGUCCUUGAAACACUUUGUCGAAAUGCUUCAAAAUCUGUAUACAUAUCCUAUUUAUAUGCCGCGGUUCUUCUUUCAGCAGAUGUACUCCACCAACAUUCAGAUGUCUGUGUCUAUUCAUUCACAAAUCAAAGAUAGCAUUACGGUAUCGAUAACGGAUACGAUACCGAUACAGGUGGAUGGUGUUAUUUCCACCACUCAUACGGUACCGGUGCAUUCGUUGAUAAUCACUGCGAGUAUGCAGUUUCCUACGAUGCCAUCGGUAAGUUGGUAUUGA